AUGUUGAGCCGUAGUCGUUUUGCUCUUGGCCCGCUACGGAUGGUAGCUAGUACUGGUCGUAGAAAUGCUGUUAUGAGCAGGUCACAAAUCCGGUCUUUCUGGACUCCAUUUAGCCAGACUUCGUCAUCAUCGUCAUUAUCAGCGUCUCCUAGCACGCCAGCCACUUCGGCUACUCAUUUACUAUCGAUCAAAGAACAGUCUGCCAAUAGAUCUCUUACAAAUCCUAUGGUUCAGGCUGACUUUUAUCGUAACUUAUUAGCAUCUAACUACCCUCAUUUGGUGGUGUCUCGUUAUGAGACUCCUGGUGUGGGUAGAAACUCAGAGUGCGAUGCAUUAUAUGUCCAGGCUUUGAAGGUUAUUGGUCAUACCGAGAAGGCUGAGGCUAUCGAGAGAUCUCUCAUGGCCCAAGCUCAAGCCCAAGCUCAAGCCCAAGCUCAGGCUGCUGCUGCUGUGUCUGCUUCAGCCGGUUUUCCUUCUGGUCCAGUUGUUGGCUCGACUACUACUCCCGAUGGAUUCAAUUCUGUGCUGAAUAGUCCUGUUGGUAGAGGCACUCGUACUGAUCCUGUUCAUAUUAUCAUUAACGAGACUGCCCUAUCAUCUGUUUUGAAGUGGUUGAAAUGGCUUAUUCCUAUGGGUCUAGCAGGCUGGGGUCUUAUUGUGGGCCUUACUUUCUUCACUGAAUCAGCCUCGAUUCUUAAAGGAGCUGGUAGUGAUAUUGGUAGUAGCAAGCUCGAUGGAGCUAAUGGUUCUCAGUCAAAUGUCAAGUUCAGCGACGUUCAUGGUGUUGAUGAGGCUCGUGCUGAGCUCGAGGAGAUUGUAGAUUUUCUGAAAGACCCCUCUAAGUUCACUGGUUUGGGUGGUAAACUUCCCAAAGGUAUUCUUCUGACUGGUCCUCCUGGUACUGGUAAGACUCUUCUUGCUAGAGCUGUGGCCGGUGAGGCUGGUGUGCCCUUUUUCUUUAUGAGUGGUUCCGAGUUUGAUGAAUUGUAUGUUGGUGUUGGUGCUAAACGUGUUCGUGAGUUGUUUGCCGCUGCUCGUGCCAAGGCUCCUGCCAUUGUUUUUAUUGACGAGUUGGAUGCUAUUGGAAGCAAACGUAAUCCUAAAGAUCAUGCUUACUCGAAACAAACACUCAAUCAAUUGCUGGUCGAUCUCGAUGGAUUUUCCCAAACAACAGGAGUUAUCUUCAUUGCUGCCACCAAUUUCCCCGAAAUGCUUGACAAGGCUCUUACCAGACCAGGUCGUUUCGACAAGAUCGUUCAUGUCGAGCUUCCUGAUGUGCGAGGAAGAGUGGCUAUUCUGAAGCAUCACAUGAAGAAGGUUGAAACUGCUGUCGAUGUUGAUCCUACUACCAUUGCUCGAGGUACUUCUGGAUUCUCUGGUGCCGAUAUUAUGAACCUCGUCAACCAAGCAGCUAUUUUUGCCUCUCAACAAAAAGCUGUGUCAGUAGAUAUGAGUCAUUUCGAAUGGGCUAAGGACAAGAUUCUGCUCGGUGCUGCUCGUAAGACCAUGGUUCUGACCGAAGAGUCUCGUAGAAACACUGCAUUCCACGAGGCUGGCCAUGCCAUUAUGGCUCUUUACACACCAGGAGCCACCAGUCUGUAUAAGGCGACAAUUCUUCCCCGAGGAUCUGCUCUGGGUAUCACAUUCCAGUUGCCAGAAAUGGAUAAAUACGAUCAAAGUAAGAAGGAACUUCUGGCGAGAUUGGAUGUUUGUAUGGGAGGAAAGAUCGCUGAAGAGAUGGUCAACGGGCCUGAAAAUGUGACAUCGGGCUGUUCAUCGGAUUUGAAGAACGCCACUCAAGUUGCUCGUGCUAUGGUCACAUCAUUCGGUAUGUGUGAUACCAUCGGACCUGUGGAGCUGGCUGAGAACUGGAGCGACUGGUCAGCCGAGACUCGACACCUGGCUGAACAAGAGAUUCGCAAUCUGCUUGUGACGUCGGAAAACAGAACUCGUGAGAUGCUGAAAGAGAAGUACGUCGAGCUCGAGCGACUGGCCAACGGUUUACUCGAGUACGAGACGCUGGACAAAGACGAGAUCGAAAAGGUUGUCCAGGGCCUCAAAAUCGAGCGUGAAAAGACUGUCACCAACACCGUUGUCCGCGGCAACGACAUCAAAGACGAGCGAAGCAAAGGCGGCACCAAAGUCGGUCUCGCUGGCCCCGGCGUCAAACUUGGCUAG